CGUGUGUAGUUGUCCGUCCUCUCCUCUCAGUGCUCACUUGCUCGGAGGGCGUGUGCGUGUGUCGCUGUAUCGUCCGUGUCUCCGCGGCGCCACAGGCUCCUCGCCACGCCUUCAGGGACGCCGUGGUCUCGGGGUCAGAGCUCUCCGUCCUCCACCACAGCUGGAGCCCGGCUCCGCUCCUGACCUCCAGAGGGGAACUGCGGUCCUGGACUAUCUCAACCUGCCACUGUCAUCGAGUCGCCACCGGAUAUUAGCCGCCGGAUCAGAGAUGUGGAUCCCGGAGUAGUGUCGCCAGGAAUGCCCCAGACUGUGUGCUCAGGCACCAUGUUCACCACUCCCAGUGGCUUCAGCCCCCAUCUGGCCUGUGCUGAGCCUGGGGAGGAGGAGGAGGCUGCGCAGGAGGGCCAGGGGUCUGUGGCUUGCUUGGCUGAUGGACCCCCUAUAACUUCUGCCUCUCUGGAAACCCUCAUCCAGAACCUGGUGCCUACUGCGGACUACUACCCGGAGAAAGCCUAUGUGUUUACCUUCUUGCUGAGCGCCCGCUUGUUCAUCCCUCCUCCGGAGCUGCUGGCCAGAGUGUGUGAGCUGUGCGUCAAGCAGCAGCAGCUGGACCAAAGCCCACUGGAUACGGCAAAGGUGCGCAAGUUUGGUCCCAAAAUCCUGCAGCUGCUGACCGAGUGGACGGAGACCUUCCCCACUGACUUCAGGGAUGAUAAGAUGGCGGGGCUGCUGAAGGACAUCAUCCGCAGGAUAGCCCCGUGUGAUGAGGCGUAUUGGAAAACCUUAAACCAGGUUCUGCAGAAGCUCAGCCAGAGACUGGCCCUGAUGGCUCAGGGGGAGGAGAGCAUUGUCAAGGUCUCCCUCAACGCCUCCUCCAUCUCUGACAAGCUGGUGGCCUUCAAGACCAAGCCCCCGCCCAUCCAGAAGGACAUGCUCUCCAUCUGCAACGACCCGUACACACUGGCACAGCAGCUCACCCACGUGGAGCUGGAACAUUUGAGUCACAUCGGACCCGAGGAGUUCGUCCAGGCCUUUGCGCAGAAAGACCCGCUGGAUGGGACGCAGCCCUGCUUCAGUGACCAGAAGAAGAAAACCUCCAACCUGGAAGCCUAUGUCAGGUGGUUCAACAGGCUGUGUUACCUGGUGGCCACGGAGAUCUGCAUGCCGGCGAAGAAGAAGCAGCGGGCACAGGUGAUUGAGUUCUUCAUUGACGUGGCGCGGGAGUGCUUCAACAUCGGGAACUUCAACUCCCUCAUGGCCAUCAUCUCUGGAAUGAACAUGAGUCCAGUGUCACGGCUGAAGAAGACUUGGGGGAAGGCGAAGACCGCCAAGUUCUUCAUUCUGGAGCAUCAGAUGGAUCCGACAGGAAAUUUUUACAACUACAGAACUGCCUUGAGGGGCGCCGCCCAUCGCUCCCAGACUGCCAACAGCAACAGAGAGAGAAUUGUGAUUCCCUUCUUCAGCCUGCUGAUCAAGGACAUCUACUUCCUAAAUGAAGGAUGCGCCAACCGACUGCCCAACGGACACGUCAAUUUUGAAAAAUUUGUGGAGCUGGCCCGGCAGGUCGGCGAGUUCAUGACCUGGAAGCAAGUCGAGUGUCCGUUUGAGAAGGAUCAAGCCAUCCUGCACUACCUCCACACUGCCCCCAUCUUCAGUGAGGAUGGACUUUACCUGGCCUCAUACGAGAGCGAGAGUCCAGAGAACCAGGUUGAGAAGGACAGGUGGAAAGCACUCAGGUCAAACGUUCUGGGGAAGACAUGAGGCUCCUGCAGCGCCCCCCGCCACCAGCGAGGAAGCGUGUGUUCUCAUUGCACUAAAAUGAACUGUGAAGGAACCUAGCUGGUACUUAGGUGUUUUCUAUGAAGAAAUUAUUGGCAUAACUGAUGAACAGGAUUCAUCACCAACACAAGUGGACAAAGAAGAUGUUCGAGGGAAAUACCAUUGAAGCCUAUCAACACGAUCUGCUUCUCCUUUAAAAGUGUGUUUACUCUGUGAAGCAGUGUUUACUACCAUGGGGAGUGGUGUUACAGGGAAAACCACUUUUUAGUAUGGAAUUGCUCCACAGUUUUGUUUUUGUAUUUGUGUCUCUUUCUCUCCUCCUCAGUAUUUCAUCUGGUGUCUUGUACUUGGCUUCAAAAGGGCGCUGGCUAGCCCGCAUCACAUUUUGAUUCCGCUGCCUCACGUCACGUGUAUUUCUGUGGUUGUGAUUCUGCACCUGUGUAUGUGCAUGAGAUUGACUGGAUAAUGUUAUUUAUUUCCUUCUAUGUUGCGGGGUGGGGUACAUAAAAUGUGUUCUUUUGAAAUGUGUUGUGCCAUGAAUGCCAGAAUCCUGAUUUGUCAGCUCACCGGUGUAGAUUUCAUGUACAGGCGACUCUGACCCCUCAUCUUUCUGCUCCUCAGGAAGUUUUCUCUCUGACUGACGUUCAGUUGUCUGAUUAUAUUUAUGGAGAUUUCUGUGCUGACAGACGUAUUGUUUUUACUGUCACUUUCUUUUUCUGAGAACAAAGUGGAACGGCAUGUUACUAGAGCGGCAUUAAGACCCUUGUACAGAGACCACAAUGCUUUUCUUUCCUUUCCUGAAAGUUUUGACACAUUAUUUUCUAUCAUUGAGGGGAAAUUGUGCCAUAAAACCCCCAGUUUUCAUGACAUUUAAGGUUUCUCUGACUCAAGAUGUGUUUGUGUUGUGACAUUGUUUCAGUGUUUGGGAGCUACUUUAGGGGUGGGGGCAACUUACUGUAAGCUUUUAAAACAAUCUUAAUCAGUUUGCUAUUCUCAAGUGAUGUCAGUGUAUUCUUUCGAAGAAGCACUUUUCCCGCUCAAGUACAGACUGAUACUUCAAUUGCUCCCGCUCUUGUUUACCAUCCAUGUUCCUGCUGUCCCACAUUCCCCGACAAGUCAUGAUGAUAGAGAGCCAGAGGUGUGAUGAGGAACCUGCCGCAGUUUUAAUAAAAUCUUGCCUGUGUUGA